CAGCCCAAAAGCCACAUCUACAAAUGGCUCUUCACUUGGCAAUGGAUCGUGUCUGGCGUUGCAAGUGGCUCAAGUACGUCUAUAUUUCACUGGUCGCCUUAGGUUUGUUCUUUUGUGGUUGGGGUUUUCUACCUCGUGCACAAUUGCAACUGCCAAGCCUGACCAUGGCUGGAAUCUUGUCAACAAUGUCCAAUCCUUCAAUCUUGUCUGCAACAGAAUUUGGCAGCCUUUCGUCGAUUGCAGCUACUGUUGGAAUGCCAACAGCCGUACUCGAAUCAAUUAUACGGGCCAAUGAUCUUUCAAGGCUGGUGACAGUCGUGCCCAACGAAUACCACGAAAAUGCUUCCAAAGAAGUCGUCAAUGCUUCGAAACUGCAGAAGCGCGCGAACGGUGGUGCUAGAACACCUACUACCGAGCGUUGCGCCGACUCUGGAAGGGAAAUCGAUGGCAUGUUGUGCUACGGACCUGACCCUCAACGAUAUGUCGUCCGUUGUGUGGGUGAACCCGUUAUUGAAUGGUUCGACUAUUGUGACUUACACGAGGUAUGUGUGAAUACUGAGGAAUUCCGUACAGUCAGGUGUGUGUCUGCAUCAUCGUCCGAAGAUGAGAUUGAAAAGGCAAAGAAAAAGCACGGAGAAGCACCAGGCGAGGGAGUUGUGGGAACGCAGCAACGUGUCAGUGGAUCGACGUCGACGGGCGCCGUUGUCAAGAAUCGAAAACAAGGAUCUGGAGGUCCCGUUCGUCGAAGAGCUAUCAGCUUCACUGCGUUCUUCCUGACUGCUCAUGAACCUCUUGAAGCAUCACAGCAUCCAUGGCUUGUAAAGCCCGCAACUGCGAUUACAUGUUCAGUCAAUGGAACUGGCGAGAAGCUUUGCGAGACGGAUUUGAGCAGCACGAGCAUGGAUACUUACACUUGCGCGCCCACUGCUGGCAAGCAUAUUGUGGACGACUCGUCGGUGAUUUCCUGUACGUUCCGACUCGCAGCAACACAGACAGCUAUUUUUAUGAGCGUUGGCAUUUGGCAUUAUGUUUCAACUACAAAGACGCUUGGCUAGCAAGCAAGCUUUCAAGUCCUUUAUCCUUAAACAAACAGUAUCUUAGCACAAUUCACUCUUCUUUA